AUGGCGGUCGAGAAAUUUGCUGGAGUGAAGCGAAUCCACACUGCCUUCAAGAAUCGUGGCCAUGCAAGCGCCAGCUAUGAGAUCAACGACGAUCCAGUGUUCCAGGAUUACAACAGUGGCCUGGGAUUUGCAUACUGCUUGGCCCUGACCAUUCGGUUGUUCAAAAAAGUUGGGCUCAAUUUCGAAGCACCAGUUUGCUCGACGUGGGUAUGGCUAUCUCGGGGCAACUUGCUUGAAACAGUUUGGAUUUUGAUAGACCACAAGUCCAUUACUCCUGCCAAACCAAGGAAUUUGAUGGUGAGUCGUAUGUGCAUCAAUUUGCUGGUCAUGUGUAUACUUCGCCUAUGCUUUGUGGUAGAACAGCCGGGAUCUUCGAUCUUGGAAGAGCACCCCCUCUUCGUUUGGCUCUGUCGCCACUUCCGAAUAUAUAAGGCGUUUAUAUGGAUGGGGAGUUAUGGAGGAUGUAGAGACUUGGCCUGA